CAGUCCGCCAUGUCCAGCACCCAGGCAGCCAUGCCGGCGCCCGCCGCACCCGAGGCCGUCGCCUCCUCCUCCACGACACCCGCGCCCACGCCGCCGCCGCGCCGCAGUGCCGCACAGCGCGCCGCGUCGGCGUGCGCCGUCGUCGCCAAGAGCGCCGCCUUCCGCAGCAGCCGCUUCAUCCACGCCGGCGACCUCGUCAUCGUCUUCAUUUCGCGCGACCGCACGCCCAUCCCGCUGCGCGUCACGCCCGGCGACGAGUACACCAACACGUGGGGCACGUUCCCGCACGCCGACAUGGUCGGCAAGCCGUUCGGCUCGCGGGUGCGCGCACGCCGCAACACGGGCUACCUCUUCCUGCUGCGCCCCACGCCCGAGCUGUGGACGCUGGCGCUGCCGCACCGCACGCAGAUCCUCUACGCGCCCGACAUGUCCUUCAUCACGCUCAAGCUCGCCCUCACGCCCGGCUCGCGCAUCAUCGAGGCCGGCACCGGCUCCGGCUCGUUCACACACUUUCUCGCGCGCACCGUCGGGCGUGCACGGCAGUGGGACGGCGGGCGCGGCUGGCAGGGCGACGGCGCCGAGAUGGACGAGCGCGACGCACGGGACGGAGGCUCGAGGGGGACGAAGCGGAAAGCGGUGGACAGCGACGCAGCAGAGGCACCCGAGGCCAAGGCCGUCGAGCCGAUGUUGACGGACCCAGAUCCGCAUGUUGAGGAGGACGACGGGCGGGUCUGGAGCUUCGAGUUCAACGCCACGCGCGCGCAGAAGGCAAAAUCCGAGUUCGAGGCACACGGCCUGACAAGGACCGUCUCGCUGCGGCAUCGCAACGUGUGCCGCGAGGGCUUCGGCCUGUCAAACGUGGCCGACUGUGUCUUUCUCGACCUGCCAGCCCCCUGGGACGCGCUCGAGUCGGCUAAGGAGGCGCUGCGUCUCGACGUCGCCGGCCGCGUGUGCUGCUUCUCGCCGUGCAUCGAGCAGGUGCUGCGCACGGCCGAGGCCAUGCGCAAGCAGGGCUGGUGCGAGAUUGAGACGUUCGAGUCGCUCGUGCGCAACCACGAGAGCCUGUCGCAGGCGCGCACGGCGCCCCUCGUGCCUGUCGGCGACGCCAUCCGCAAGAUCCGCGAGGUUGAGGCGAACAAGUCGCAGCGUCGUCUGGGCCAGAUCGAGCGCAGCCGCCGUGCUCGCGUUGUGAAGGAGCGAGCUGCGGCGCUCGUGGCCGAGGGCGUGGCGGAGAAAGAGGCGCAGGCACAGGCCGAGGCCGAGACGGCGCAGGCCGAGGCAAACGGCGACGAGGAGAUGCAGGACCCGCGAGACGCGGCGGAGGAGGCCCUCGCGACUGCCACGCCCUGGACGGUGAAGCUGCCCGACCCGCGAGAGAACGUCAAGCGCGAGCUCAGCCAGGCCAACGUGUACUCGCGCACGCUGCAGGACAUGCGAGGCCACACGUCGUACCUCACCUUUGCUACACUGCGGCCACGCGUGCUGAGCAACACGCCAUCUGUCCAGACCACCAAUGCUGCCGCUGCUCCUCCGCCAGAGGCGCCGGCCGCAGACAACACCGCGACGGACACGGCCGAGUCUGCAGCUGCCUCCGAGGCCGCAGCCACGGGCCCUGCCGAUCAAGCAUGAGGCAGUGCACGUAUUGCGAGUGUCUAGUUGACCGUGCAGGGAGGCAACACACGCGGGGCUAGAUAGACAGACGAGACCAUGUGUGACCGGGGAGCAGAUGAGGGGAUCGGUGACAGGAUAACAAGAGAGAUGAUGGAAGAG